GCGUAAUGCAACUGCAGGCAGCAGCAGCAGCGCCAGCUGUAGUAUUCGGUCUCUUGUGUCCGCCGGCGUCUCCCUCUCUGUUUCUCUCCUUCAAUCGCCUCUCACACCUCCAUCCCUCUCCUCCUCUCACAUCCACUGCAGUUCGUGGUAAUUUCAUGUUGGUUUCGUGAAACUAGACAGACAUAUUGAGGGCGACAUCUAGGCGAUUUAUUUUUGCAGCAACCAAGACCCGUUCUAUAUCGACCAUGGCUACCGUAAGUUCAUUCAUUUCCAGCAGAAGAUGUGCGUUAUGGGAAAAUAUGUGCAAUGCGCAUGCACAGACACACACCAGGAACACAAAAAAGAUGAGGAGAAUUUGGGAAGUCUGAAGCAACAAUUGUCGAAAUUAUUCGAAGCUUCACUUAGGGUCACUGUCCCUAAUGAAGUAGAUAUAGAUCCUCUGGUUGCUGCUUGCACUGCAAAAUUUGGCGACUACCAAUGUAAUAAUGCCAUGAGCAUAUGGGCAAGAAUAAAAGGCAAGGGUAGUGAAUUCAAAGGUCCUCCUGCCGUUGGACAGGCGAUUAUGAAAAAUCUUCCUCCAUCUGAAAUGAUAGAAUCAUGCUCUGUGGCUGGACCUGGAUUUGUUAAUGUUGUACUUUCAAAAAUAUGGAUAGUCAAGAGCAUCCAAAAGAUGCUAACAGAUGGUGUUGGAACAUGGGCACCAAGGCUUCGUAUCACAAGGGCGGUGGUUGACUUUUCCUCACCUAACAUAGCAAAGCAAAUGCAUGUUGGGCAUUUGAGAUCUACUAUCAUUGGAGAUACUCUCUCCCGUAUGCUUGAGUUUUCAAAUGUUGAAGUUCUUCGUCGAAACCAUGUGGGUGAUUGGGGCACACAGUUUGGUAUGUUGAUCGAGUUCCUCUUUGAAAAAUUCCCAAAUUGGGAAGAUGCACCUGGAAAAGCUAUUGGUGAUCUAGAAGCAUUCUAUAAGGAGUCGAAAAAGAGAUUUGAUGAUGAUCCUGCUUUUAAAGAAAAGGCACAACAGGCAGUGGUCAGCCUCCAGGGUGGGGAGCCUAAGUAUCGUAAGGCAUGGGCACAGAUCUGUGAAAUCAGUCGCCAGGAUUAUCAAAAAGUCUAUCAGCGCCUUGGAGUUAAAUUAGAGGAAAAGGGUGAAAGCUUUUACAACCCUUAUAUUCCAGGAGUUAUGGAGAUUUUAAGUAAGCAGGGUUUGGUUGAAGAAAGUGAGGGUGCUCGUGUGAUCUUCAUUGAGGGGAAAAAUAUUCCUUUGAUUGUUGUGAAGAAAGACGGCGGUUACAAUUAUGCUUCAACUGAUCUUGCAGCUCUUUGGUAUCGCCUUAAUGAAGAAAAAGCCGAGUGGAUAAUAUAUGUUGCUGAUGUUGGACAGCAACAGCACUUUGAAAUGGUAUUCAGUGCUGCAAAACGUGCAGGUUGGCUUCCAAAUGAUGAUAAUAUGUACCCUAAAACUAACCAUGUGGGUUUUGGUCUUGUUCUUGGAGAAGAUGGCAAGCGCUUUCGCACUCGCAGUACUGAAGUGGUUCGAUUAGUUGAUUUACUGGACGAAGCAAAGAUUCGGUGUAAAGCAGCACUUGUUGAACGUGGAAAGGGAGAAGAGUGGACCGAGGAGGAGCUUGAAAAAACUGCCGAGGCAAUUGGUUAUGGGGCUGUUAAGUAUGCUGACUUGAAGAACAACAGAUUGACUAAUUACACUUUUAAUUUCGAUCAGAUGCUUAAUGACAAGGGAAAUACUGCUGUUUAUCUGCUGUAUGCACAUGCUCGUAUCUGUUCAAUCGUCAGGAAAUCUGGUAAAGACAUAGGGGAACUAAAGAAAACGGGAGGGAUAGCAUUGGAUCACCCAGAUGAGCGCGUGUUGGGGUUGCAUUUGCUCCAAUUUGCUGAGAUUGUUGAGGAAGCUUGCACCAAUCUCUUGCCAAAUGUGUUACGUGAAUACCUUUACAAUUUAUCUGAAAACUUCACAAAAUUUUAUUCCAACUGCCAGGUUGUUGGGUCAGCAGAGGAAACGAGCAGACUUCUGCUGUGUGAAGCAACAGCUGUGGUCAUGAGAAAAUGUUUCUACCUCCUUGGAGUUGUACCUGUCUACAAAAUAUAACACUGCAACAUUUUCUUUUUUAGAAGAAUUUUAUAGCCUUUUAAAAAAAAAUAAUAAUAAUAAUACUUCGUUUCGGCAUGAUGACUAUAUUGUGUAUGGAAUUCCCAUUAUCUGCAUUUUUUGGUCGAAAUUUUGGUCAAGAAAUCUAAAAUCAGCUCAGAUGUUAAAACAUUUUGUUUGUGUUUGUUAUUUUGCCUGAAGAGUUGUAAUUUGGAUGGAACUAGCUUUCUUUUUAAAUGAAGUGAAAGGCAAUGUUGAAGGUAAAAA